UUCGCUCGCAGACCACGUCGCUUCGCUUUCGACAGCGAUCAGUCAAUACCUCCACCUGUUAAAGGGACAGUGCUAAUAAAGAAACACUCGUGCAGUGCAAAGACUAUAUCCUUCAGUGAAGUUGAUUGCAAGCUCCACACACCUUAUCACUGGCGUCCCGGGCGGUUUCCAGCUCAGACUCUCGCUCAUUGAUAGCCAUGAGGGACGAGCGCGCCAGCACGCCGCGCGUGCGCAUCGCCGUCAUCGGCAGCUCUCGCGUUGGCAAGUCCGCGCUAAUAGUCAGAUAUCUCACAAGACGGUACAUCGGGGAAUAUCAUUCCAAUACAGACCUCCUCUACAGACAAACGGUGCCAAUAAACGGCACCCCAGUGGAACUGGAAGUUAUAGACGUCUCGGGGUCCAACUCCGACAAGUUUCCAGCGGAACAGAUCCAAUGGGCAGACGCGUGCCUCCUGGUGUACGCGGUAACUGACCGCAGCAGCUUCGAGUACGCGACCGAAGUGCUCAGCGCCCUAAAGCGCGCGCCCUCGGGCGGCAGUCCCGCCCACGCACCCGCCGGGGCGUCCGCGCCUAUGCCGCUCGCGCUGCUAGGCAACAAGACUGAUCUGGACCACUUGAGACAGGUGAGCACCAAGGAAGGGCAAGCGGUGAGCGCGGCGCACGGCGCGUCGUUCAGCGAGGCCAGCGUGGCCGACAACUCGGGGGACCUCUACCGAGCUGUCGACCGAUUGCUGGCUGAAGUGCGCACGCCGCAGCGCACGCGCAAGUUCUCCGUUACCAAGAUGCUCGGCUCGCUUAUGGGUGGAGCAGCAAACAAUAGCCAAGCCAACCGCAGCGGGUCGGUGGUGGCGUGCCCCCGCGUGCCCGCGCCCGCGCGGCCCCCGCUGGCGGCGGCGGCGCCCUGA